AUGACUACUUCUGUGAGAGAUCUUACCAUAGACUUUCAUAAACUCGAUAAGUUCGAGGGCGUGGGAUUCCGAAGGUGGCAGAAGAAGAUGCAUUUCCUCCUGACGACGUUGAACGUCGUCUACGUGAUAAGUACUCCUAGGCCGGAAGAAACCGAAGAGGAGACAUUGGCAGCGGCUCGCGCACGGAAUAAAUGGGACAACGAUAACUACGUGUGUUGCGGCCACAUCCUUAACGGUAUGUACGAUGAACUUUUUGAUGUUUAUCAAUACAUGGAUACGGCCAAAGCCUUGUGGGAUUCGCUGGAGGCUAAGUACGUCUCUGACGAUGCCUCUAGCAAGAGAUUUCUUGUAAGUAGUUUUAACUCUUACAAGAUGGUGGACUCAAGACCGGUCAUGGAGCAAUUCCAUGAAAUACAAAGGAUCUUAAGUCAAUUCACACAACACAAACUGCAGAUGGAUGAAACCAUCAAAGUUUCAUCCAUUGUUGAUAAACUUCCACCGAGUUGGAAGGAUGUCAAGCGUUCCCUGAAACACAAAAAAGAGGAUAUGUCUCUUGAACAAUUGGGAACACAUCUUCGCAUCGAGGAGGAUCUCCAGAUGCAAGAUGACUUCAAGACUCUAGAAGUCGUAGAAGACGGAAGCGUUCUUUACAUGGGAAACAACUCGACGGUCAAGGUCCAAGGAAAGGGACAAGUAGAGUUGUUGCUUACAUCCGGAAAGACAUUAACCCUUAGGGAAGUUCUUUUUGCUCCGGAUGUAAGGAGAAAUCUAGUGUGA